UGGUUACCCAUGACAUACAGUGAGCGUAGUCGAACUAUUCGAUGGCGUCUUGGUUGGUUACCCGGAGGAAUACCUAAAGCCUGCCCAUAUCAUCCUCAUGUACACUUUAGUCGGUCACACGCCACUAAAUGCUUGCAUAUGCACACCCGUUUAUUCUUGCCACGAUCAAUUUCCUUUCUUUUAAAUCAUCUCCCUCAGCAUAAGUACCAAAACUCUCAGGAUAUUUCUGCCUGGCUCUAUUGCUGGCCAGUUAUGUGCACCAUUAUUCAGGAAAUGGAUUACCUAAUACACGAUAAACUACCCCCU